AUGACAGCCACCGACUACAAUGAAUCAAAUGCUGAUGGAGACAGCGCGAUGGCCCAAGAAGACACCACUAAACGCUUAUUGGUAACUGGAGUGCCCAACAAUAAAGAUGGAUCGGACAAAUUUGGUAAUCACCCGGAAGAACUCAAUCCGUUCAUUGAGCAGCAGUCAGUUGUUUUUGUCCCAGAUGAAUACAAGUCGUCGAAUUAUUUUUACAAUGAAGAGAAUUCAAAGCUCAAGGAUGGAUCUAGGGAGGAUAAGCUUUUGGCUAUGGCUAAUAAUCAAAAUCCUCCUGAUGGUGGAGUACGUGCUUGGAUGAUUCUACUGGGGAGUUUUAUUAUCAAUGGGGUUUUAUUCAGUAUUAUUAAUUCGUACUCGUUGAUGCAAGUACAGCUUACUGAGAAAUUGAAGGAUCUUGGGGAAACCAACGCGGAAGCUAAAGCAUCACUUGUUGGGUCAUUAACUAUUGGAACUACAUUUUUUUUAUCACCAAUCGCUGGUAUUUUAACUGAUAAAAUAGGUAUACAAGUGAUAAUAUUAUGUUUAACUUACGGUAUUAUGUAUGGAACGGGCGCAAGUUUAGCAUAUACACCAAGUCUAGUGAUUUUGGGUCACUACUUCAAGCGCCGAUUGGGUCUUGCCAAUGGAAUAGUUACUGCUGGAAGCUCGGUGUUUACAUCAAUAAUGCCGUAUGUAAUGAGCGCUUUCCUAGAGCGAUUUGGGAUGGUUGGAGCUUUGAGAAGCCUGGCAAUACUCACUCUUAUAAUACUGGCGUGUGCCAUUCUUUUCAAGCCAGUAGCAAUAAAAGAGACGGCUACUAUCAUUGACAAGUCUAAUUGCCAAAGUGUCAAUAAAUCUAAAAAAGCUACAAUUAAUUUGUCAAUUUGGAAAAAAAAACGUUAUGUUGUUUGGGCGAGUGCUAUUCCAUUAGCAUUAUUUGGAUACUUUGUACCAUAUGUUUACAUUGGAUCAUUUGUAAUAAAGAGUUUUGGGAAAGAAUUCAACAGAAAGAUACCGGUAAUGUGUAUUGGAAUCACAUCAGGAAUCGGUCGGUUAGUUUUUGGUUACAUAGCCGAUUUGCCACGAGUUAAUAGAAUUUUAUUACAGCAGAUAUCAUUUAUCAGUAUUGGAAUACUCACAAUGCUUUUACCAUUAACUCCGCCAUAUUAUUCAGCUUUGGUGGUAAUAGCGCUUUUAUUUGGAUUAUUUGAUGGAUGUUUCAUAUCAUUAUUAGGACCAAUAGCAUUCGAUAUUUGUGGUAAAAGUGGCGCGACCCAGGCCAUUGGAUUUUUACUAGGAAUUUGUUCUAUUCCGUUGACUGCCGGUCCGCCAGUCGGUGGUUUAUUAAUUGAACACACAGAUUCAUUUACCCUGACAUUUGUGGUCGCGGGUAUUCCUCCAAUAAUCGGAGCGAUUGUCAUGUUUGCCAUAAAUUGCGUAGAAGAGGACAAAGUAGAGGAAGAUCCUGAAAAAAUAGACGAUGGAGCUGUUAAUGCGGAUUGUUGUCUUGAUGGAAUAGCAAAAAAAGGAUUGGGUUCUCUAUCAAGACUCAGCGGUGGCGGCAGCGUUCAAUCGGAAGGUAGGUCAUUUCGUCAUUCAAAAGGACUAGCACGAACAACUGCCAAGUGCAAUACUAGUUUGUAUAACUCUACCCAUAUAAUUCGCUCUUCUGACUAUCAUUAUUCGUCAGCGGCUAAUAACUCAUCGAUCUUCAAUAAAUCUCAAAACUGUUACUCGUUUAAACAAUACAGUGAUUAUUUUCCUCCCGCGGCUGGCACGUACUCUGAAAGUCUGCCGUUAUUAAAUCAAGACUUUAGACAUACAAGAAAGCUAUAA